AGUUGACUGGCGUCUCUUCUUCAGUUCAGUGACUAGUAAGCUACUUCUCUGAGUUUGUGAGCCUUAAAGUUCCACGUUCUCUUCUACAUUCUGUCUUACAGUCUCACACUUUGGAGUCUGCAGUGUUCGUUUAUGAUGGAAUUAUUCGAGGAAGUCUACACCAACUUAGCUCCUAUAGAAGAAAAUCACUCCGCGCCAAAUACAGGAGAGUCUCCUUCGGGAAAAGUGAUUCGUGACGAGCUAGUGAGAGCGAAUGAUGAGUCUGAUGAUGUAGUGGUAGCAGCACUAAAGGCUGAAAAAGGAAGUGCUGUUCAGUUUGCAGCUGAUUCGAAGCAGAGAAUCAAGAAGGCUGCUGAUGUAAAUGUAUACAAAAAUGUGAAGAUGAAAGUUUCCGGAGGAAUUGUGAGUAAAAGAGUUGUAUUGCAGAAAAAUAGCAUGUUUGUAGUCGAAGAACCUAGAGGAUUGAUUGAAAAGUCUCAGAUUGUAGAUGGCAAUCCAGAUACUGUGUUUGGUAUUGGUGGAGAUAUAAGAAAAUCCUCAUCUUCUUUUAUAACAAUUGAUGGGUCACAGCGCGAAGAAGGAGAGGAGAAAUAUCAGGAAAACGAAAAAAAUGAGCCGGAUUCUUCCAAGAAUAGCUGCUCUUCCGAUGAAACUGAACCGAUCACUGAAAAUGUCAGUAUUGAGCUACAUUGGUCUUCCAGCACUCAAUCUAUCUCAGAAACACGCAAUGCGUUCUCCAGCUACAUGGCGGGCAUCAUGCUCUUUUUAUCUGGUGUGUUGGGAGAAGCCAACAGAUCAAGGAAAGUGGACAACAAUGAGAUGUCGGACGACAGGAAAGCGCCUCGCGGAUCUGGAGAUGGAAACCCUGCAGCAAACGAUGAGUCAGAAUUUGCCAGAUUCUUACUCUCUGAGACUUCGGACAACGUUUUCGAAGAGACAGCAUUUGGAGGAGACACCGUUUCCGAAGAGACCUUUCUAGCACCACCACCAAAAUGCAAAAAAAUCAAACCUCGUAAGGAGCAUGCAUUCUUUCGACCGAUUCCAGAGAACAGACCCAUGACCAGAAUCGUCUACAUUAUAGCUAUCCUUCAAGGAAUUGUGCUGUUCGCGGGUGGCAUCUACAUCUAUCUGCGAAGAUGAGGUUAGACGACGUCCAUCUAGUUCCAGUGAAGCACUGCCAAGUGGAGAAACAUUACGCUUAGAUUGACUGGAACAAACUGAUUGCUCAUUUCUUGAAGGAGACUUGUCUACAUCCCACAUUAUUUGAUCUUCAAUCUACGACUAUUCUAUCAUUAUAUUCUUACUUAAUCUCAACUGGAAAUCCAAAUUUUUCCUAGUUGAAGUUUAUAUGUAUUGUAUUAUGUUAUUCUACGUUACUAAUCUAAAUAUUACUGUACGAUUUUAUUUCAUGCUGCUAUAAAAUAUCAUUUAUAGAAUCAAAAAGUUUGAUGCAAGACUCAUUAUUUAAUUUAAUAUUCAGGCCCAAUAAUAAAUUCAUUUUAUAUUGUGAGGUCUCAGAACAAUAACCAAAGAAUUAACGCUUUAAUUGUAAAAUAUUCGAGAAUUACAGAGUUUCAACAAGAUUAACUAUUCAAGUUAAAAGAUUGCAUUCACUUAUAGGAUAGUGAGCUAAAUUAAACUAAAUUAAAUUAACUAAAUUUAUUUCUAUCUACCCUAUUGAAAAAAAAUGUGUGUCUUCUAGAUGAUCUGAUAGAUUUAGGUCGAUUUUGUAGGUUUUAUUAUAUUUAAAUUCAAAUCAAAGUGAUUUAGAAGUAAGUAUUUAAUGAGAUAAUCACAAAAGGUAAGGUAGUAAUCACAACAUGGUGAUUUGAAAGUAUAAGUGUCAAUCAGCUCAAUUUUCAAAAGUAAGAGGAUACAAGAACAAGUUUUCCAAAUUGAUUCAAGAUUUUUAGAACUAAUAUUCUCAAGUUCAAGGAUUUUUCAUGUUUAAUUAAAGCCUACAUAUGAAUGAGUUCAUUACAAGGUUAACAGCAUUUAUAUUUCCCACAUUGAUUUGAAUAAUACACAUUAAAGAUUUGGAAUUCAUCAAAAAUAGAAGUCGAUUAUGGUAUACACUUAUUUCUCUUCUAUGAUUGAAAGUCACAUUAUAAUUCUGAUUCUUACCAAGUAUUUUUUAAAUUCUCA